AUGCUUCAUAGGAAUAAAGCUCAUCAGACUGCUGCUCUCGGGUCGCCCUCUGUGUAUCCUCAGGUCUUCUCCAGAUCCUCCAACACCACGCAGUCGACACCGACGUCCGUCAAUGUCACGGAUCGGGAUGAGAGCGUGUCCAACGUGCGAUUCGAGGACUACGACCUGGACAGCUUGGACAUCGGUGGUGGGGUCCGCGUGAACUGGACGGCACCAGAUCCCUUGGAGGGGACCAAGUUCUACUCCAUCCAGCUGGAGUGGGACCGCACCUUUCAGUACAGGAGCGUGGUUGCAGAAGUCCCCGUGGGCGAGGUCCACUAUGAAGUCCCUGUGGACACCUACCUCGGCACGUACCCCUACAUGUACGUUUUCACCAAGUCCACGCUCUUUGAGCAGUCCACGCCCGUAGGCCUGAAGGUGAGUGACACGGCGCCGCAGAUCACUAACAUCCAGUUCUCGGAUCAGGACCUGGAUGUGGACGAGAUUGGAGGAAACUUGACCUGGACACAGCCUGCCAACUGGUCUGUGGUAACGCACUACUACAUCUACUUCGCCAAGGAGGAGCGUCUCGUGGCGCAUGCAGUCCAGAGCCCCCAAAGCCAAUUCCCUUUCACCUAG